AUGUCCUCGCAAGACCCUCAUCGCGAGCACGAAGAUGCUUUCGUCGAUGCCGAUGAAGCCGACGAAAUCGUCAACCGCGAUGAAGACCACCCAAUGGACUCUGAUCCCGAGGAUGAAGACCAGUUGAUGCAGGAGAUCAUUCUCCAGAACGAUUCCGUCGCCCAUUUCGAUCACCACCAGGACUCAGUCUUCUGCAUUGCUCAGCACCCUGUUCACAACUCGAUUGUCAUUACGGGCUCUGGCGACGACACCGCUUACCUUCUCGACUCGACACCCCAGACCGAGCGUCCCGUCCUCCCUCAGAGUUACGAGUCCAACCCGCAGCCCAAGAAGGAGCGCGAGUCUCUGCAGCCCAUCCUCAAGCUUGACGGUCAUACAGACACCGUUAACGCGGUCGCCUUCACUGAACCAAAGGGAGAAUAUGUUGUCACGGCUGGUCUGGAUGGUAAACUGCGGGCUUGGCGCGACACUACUCCCCAGCUGACCGGGCUGUCGUGGGGAUUUGUCGCGGAGUCUCAAGAAGUGGAAGAGAUCAACUGGGUCGCUGUUUGCCCGUGUGAGAACGGCGACGAAGAGAAGCGCAACGUGAUUGCCCUCGGUGCCAACGACGGCAGUGCCUGGGUUCUCCGCAUCGACCACAACGAUGCCGCGCAGCCCAUUUCCAUCUUGCAGACUUUCUUCCAACACACCGGUUCCUGUACCGCUGGUGCUUGGACUCCCGACGGAAACCUCCUCGCCACUGUCUCCGAGGACGGAAGCUUCUACGUGUACGAUGUCUUCGGUGCUGCCGCCGCCGCGGGUGUCUCCUACUCUCCCGGAACGAGCGCCAUCAUCGGACUGACUGCCGAGGACCAGCGUUUCGCUGUUGAGGGCGGCCUGUACUCGGUCGCCAUCUCCCCCGGCGGUGGUAUUGCCGCCGUUGGUGGCGCGGAAGGCAACAUCAAGGUGGUUGGUCUGCCGCGACUCACAGCUCCGGGAGGCAACACGUCGUCGAAGGCCAAGGGCAAGCCCUCGGUGCAGCCAGCCUCUGGCGCGUCUGCUGCAGGCACCCUUAUUGCAUCCCUUCAGGCCCAAUCCGACGGCGUCGAGACCCUGUCCUUCUCCGCCCCGCCCCUGACUCUUCUUGCGGCUGGCUCGGUCGACGGCUCGAUUGCUCUGUUCGACGCCGCCCACCGCUUCGCCCUCCGUCGUCACAUCAGAGACGCGCACGAGGGUGCCGUGGUCAAGGUGGAAUUCCUACACAAGCGCUCCGCAACCUCCAUCUCUCGCCCGACGGCACCUGCUGCUGCGAACCAGGGCCGGCCUUGGCUUCUCACUUCCGUCGGUAUGGACGGCGUCGUGCGACGCUGGGACGGUCGGGGUGGAACGGCGGCCACAGCACAUGGUUUGCUGACUGAGUGGAAGGGUCACUUGGGUCUUACCGAGAACGACGAGGGAGAGCAAUCGGGAGGUAUCAUGGCCUUUGUCCAGGGACUCGAUGGAAAGCGCGUUGUCACUGCGGGUGAUGACGGCAUCAGCUUGGUGUUCGAGGAAUAA